CAAUACAACCACCCUGCUUACCAAGGAAAUGCAAGAGCAAAUCAAACUGAGAACCAGAAACUGGCAGCAGCCUGGAGAGUUCUUGAGAAAGGAGCCCCAGGAGCAGUCCAAGUUUAGUGAGCUAGGAAAGGAUGAAAUUCUGCACAAUAGCAAAAAAUCUCCACCCUUUUGCAGAUUUGGUUUCACCUUCCUAUGAUGCUGAGUGCUUGGAUCACAACUCUUACAGGCAGCCUCUGGAAGUUGGUCUGAACCAACAAGUAAUGGUGCCUCCUCUGUAACUGGUCUUCUGUAUAUCGGUAUAACACAGAGCAUGCUGGAUGGGCUGAUAGCAAAGACCUGCCUUUUCUGGUCCCAACGAACUUCGGAUAUCCUCCUCCCACCUCGCCUUCACGUUUCCUGUACUUAACCCAUCCAGCUGCAGCUUAAACAGGCUGCGUGUAGCUGGAAACUCCACUCUGGAAGUGGCUCCUGAAGCCUCACCAUCUCCUCUGCCUUCGUGGCUGCAGCAACAUGAACCUGAAAACUGUCCUCAUCCUCUUGGUUCUGGCGCUAGCCACAAUUUUCGCUCUGGUUUGUGUGUUGCUGACUAGAGGAGUGAAACCAACCAGCUGUGAGCCGCAGACCCUGAGUAGCCAGGAGAAAAAGCACAGUGACCAGAGCCUGGUCUUUGCUGAUCUGACGCCAGAAGAAAUGGUGCAAGUGGUGACGUAUCUCCAGGAAAACCUUGGGGUGUCACUGGUAGAUGCCUCUCAAGCAAACCCUUCUGAUAACUGCAUUUAUUACAUUGAUGUGCAGCUCCCCACCAAGGCAGAGGUGCUGGGGUUCUUGGAUCGUGGGGGCAGGCGACCUCCCCGGCAGGCGCUGGCUGUGGUGUAUUUUGGAAACCAACCAGACCCGAAUGUCACGGAAUACGUGGUGAGUCCCCUGCCAAAGCCGACAACUCACAGGGAUCUCACGGUGCGGAAGUAUGGAGGGAAGCUGCCGUACCAUCGCAGACCAGUGACUGAGAAGGAAUACAAGGCUAUUGACCACUUUGUCUACCAGGAGUUCUCCAAAGCACCAGGCUUGCUUAGAGAGUGCUGUGAUUAUGAUGGGACCAAUUUUGCUACCCUCACCACAGUUCCUCGGGGGUUUCAGUCGGGAGAUCGUGCCACCUGGUUUGUUCUGUUCCAGAAUGUGAAUGGCAGUGGCUACUAUCUGCACCCAGUGGGGCUGGAGGUGCUGGUUAAUCACAGCAGCCUGGACAUCUCCCAAUGGAGGAUAAGCAAAGUGUUCUAUAACGGCCAGUACUAUGAAGACAUGGAGCAGCUGGAGACCAAGUUCAUACAAGGCCACGUGAAAGAUGUAAAAGUUAAGAAAGUCCGACCUGAUGAGGAAUUUGGUUCCAUGAGGCCCAGCGUAGUCCCCAUGGCACCAGGCCCUUUGCAAUAUGAGCCUCGUGGGCCCCGCUACAGCAUCCAAAACAAUCAAGUCAUCUUCCAGUCCUGGAGUUUUGCCUUUGGGAUGGAUGUGAAUACAGGACCACGUCUCUUUGACAUCAAGUUCAAAGGAGAGAGGAUUGUCUAUGAGCUGAGUCUCCAAGAAGCCCUUGCUGUCUAUGGCUCUAAUUGUCCUGGAGGGAUGGUGACCAGAUACAUGGAUGGGAGCUUUGGCAUCGGCAGGUUUGCUUUUGAGCUGGUCAGAGGUGUUGAUUGUCCCUACACAGCCACCUAUGUGGAUAGACACUAUCUAGUUGAAUCAAAGACCCCUAAAGUUAAUAAAAACUCCUUAUGUAUUUUCGAGCAGGAUGCUUCAGUCCCGCUGAGGCGCCAUUACUCCAACUUGCAGUCCCUGUACUAUGGGGGUCUGGCUAAAUAUGCUCUUGUUCUUAGAGCCAUUUCAACUCUCAUAAACUAUGACUACGUUUGGGACUUCAUAUUCUACCAGAAUGGAGCUAUUGAAGUGAAAAUACAUGCCACUGGAUAUAUUAGCUCAUCCUUUUUCUAUGGCACAGGCACUGACCAUGGCAGUCAGGUUGGGGAACACACCCUGGGGACAAUGCACAACCAUCUCAUCAAUUAUAAAGUGGACUUGGAUGUUGGAGGAACAAAGAAUUCUCUGGUGGCUCAUGACAUGACAUUCGAUACUGUGCAGGCUCCUUGGAAUCCAGAGCACCAGAUACAGAGGCCACGGCUCACCAAGAAAGUCCUGUACACUGAGGACAAGGCCGUGUUCCCACUUCACUCCAAAAUCCCCAGAUACAUCCACUUUGCCACCAACCGUGAAAAUAAGUGGGGUAACCAGCGUGGCUACAGGAUCCAGAUAGUCAGCUUUGCUGGUGACCCUUUGCCAGAAGCCAGUUCCAUGGAGCGGUCCAUCAGCUGGGGGAGAUACAAACUUGCUGUCACCAAACGGAAAGAGGAGGAGCCAACCAGCACCAGCAUCUACAACCAGAAUGACCCCUGGACGCCCACCGUGGCCUUCGCUGACUUCAUAGACAAUGAGACCAUCGUAAACGAGGACCUGGUUGCCUGGAUUUCUGUUGGUUUCCUGCAUGUCCCACACACGGAGGAUAUUCCUAACACAGUGACUGUGGGGAAUGGAAUCGGCUUUUUCCUGAGACCCUACAACUAUUUCGAUGAAGACCCCUCUGUCCGCUCACCUGAUGGCAUCUAUUUCAGAAGUGACCAGGACCCCAGCAUGUGUGAGGUUAACCAUGUUGCCUGCCUGUCAAAGACUGCCUCGUGCUCACCAGCCCUCCCCUCAUUCACCUACAACGGCUUCCAGAACCAGACAGGUCCCUGAGCCACUGACUGCAGGGCCUUGUAAGUGUGCUGGUGAUUGACUAUUCCUUGGGCCAUGUGCUCAGGUUUCCAUUGAAAGCGGCAGUCACCCCUGGCUCACUGACACCCAUAGAGCUGUAGAUGGUUUAUAUGUAGCUGAAUACUCAUACUGCUUACAAAAACGUCAGUGAAAGAGGAUGCUCUCUCUCUGAUCAAACAUAAUUGCCGUACUCUGCUGCUGGACUGAAAUCAAUAAAAAUGCACAAGUCCUAGACAAAGCACCGAGAACAGACAAGGAGAAAUCUUGCACUACCGAGACCUGGACUAGAUGAGACCCCUGCAGCAUGUCUUAUUUAGCCUCAUUUUUUUUCUGUGAUUCCCUGUUCACUGAGUACAUUUAGGGCUAGAUUUUCAAAAGAGCUCAGCUCCCAUGCAUCCGAUGAAGUGAGCUGUAGCUCACGAAA